AUGGGGCUAGGUGACGCUGUAGUUGCUGGCUCCGACGGGCUUACCAAAACACAAGCCGCCGAACCUGCUGCGCUGCGCAGCACCAGUCCGCCGGUCCCGCUUCACUGUGCCGCCCUUAACCGCCAGUUCCACUGCGCUGCACUGCCCCAGUCCAACAUCCGCGCUGUGCCCCGCUGCGCUCCCCUGCCCUCUGGCCCGGCUGUGUUCCGCUGCUUCAGUCCGCCGGUUCAUCCGCCGCGUUAA